AGCGGUUGUGGCUCAGCGCGGACGACAUGUCCCACCGGAUUCCUUCCCGGACAGUCCGGCCCUAGGGUCCGAAUGUUACCCGCCCGGAAGGUUUUCUCGGCGUCUUGAUGCUGGAGGCGGACUCAGCCCGACUUAGCGAACGGGAUGCCUGCACACUCCACAGAGGAGAUGCUGAUGCUUUCUCUGCUGCUGGUCUUGCCCUUCAGCCUCACCAGUGCCGUCAGUGCGGGUUGCGAGUGCGUGGUGUUCGACACGACGUUCCAGAAGGAGUUCGGGCUGUUUACGAGCCCCAACUGGCCCGUGCCCUACGAGGACAACAUCGACUGCCUGCUCUACACCUUCGUGGGGGCCGACGAGCAGAUGGUGGAAAUCAGCUUCGACGAGUUCGACCUGCAGAGGACCAACCUGGAGUGUGUGUUCGGAGACUACGUGAAGCUGUUUCUGCACUUGGAGGACUCUUCGGUGAACGAGCGCUCGAGUUACAACUCGAUCCUGUGCGGCAAGAUCAUGGACAUUGAGCAGACGCACUACUCCUCGGGCCACACCCUCGUCUUCGAGUUCCACACGGACUGGCGCCGCACCAACAGCACCGGAUUCAGCGGCACCUACAGGUUUCUCAAGGUGUUCCAGACGGACGGCUACCUGCUGCCCGGCUCCAAGUGCAACUACGAGAUCUCCCCGGAGCAGACGAACCGCACCCGGGGCAAGUUCUACUCCCCGCAGUACCCCAGCAACUACCCCCGUGACGUCACCUGCCACUACCGGUUCGCCGCCACCCCCAACAACCGAGUCAAGAUCCUCUUCGAGCAGAUACGCCUCCAGAAGGGGGACCUCAGCUGCCUCAACAGCCCGGACGUGAUCCUGGUGUACGACGGGUCGAACAAGAGCAGUCCCAUCAUCGGACACCUGUGCAACACUAACACGUUCGUGGAACUGGUGUCGACCGGACCCGAGCUCUUCGUCGAGUUCCAUUCGCGCUCGCACUUCCCCGGACAGGGCUUCAAGGCCGCCUACGCAUUCGACAGCAGCGCCACCCAGCGGAUCAACGACAUCGACGUGCCUUACAUGGAAUCGAUCCGCAGGACGACGGACUAUCUCACCACGACGCUGGAGCCGGCCGAGGAGGGUCCGUGCGGCGGGGACUUCUCGAGCGCCCUGUCGCGGGAGGGGGUCUUCUCCUCCCCCAACUACCCGGACCCGUAUCCGGGCGAAGUGUCCUGCCUCUACUCGUUCCGGGGAAGGGGCAAGGAGCGGGUCCAGAUCCUCUUCACCGACUUCGACCUGCACAUGCCCCACGAGACGCCCAGAGACUGCGAGGGCGUGGAUGCGGUGAUGGUGUUCAUCUCUAUAAGGGGCCAAAAGGAACGCGUGGAGAACUUCUGCGGACAGAAGCUGCCCCAGCAACUCAUGUCCAACGGCCCCAACAUGCAGGUCGAGUUCAGGGCCCUGCACAGGCAGGACCCCCUGGGCCCCGAAGCCAAGGGGUUCCGGGCCCUCUACAGGUUCGUCACAGAUUUCGGAAUGACGGGAGCCAAGCAAGACGCCUCCUCGGUGUGCGGGUUCGUGUUCCGCAGCGAGGAGGGUGCCAACGGCAGCUUCAGCUCCCCCAACUUCCCCGGGCUCUACCCGAGGGCCACCGAGUGCCACUACUUCUUCCGGGGCAGGCCGGGAGAGAGGGUGCACAUCGCCUUCACGCACUUCAACGUGGACGGGAUACCGCCGUGCACGACCGAGACGGCCAGCGACUACGUGGAGUUCUCCAACUACCGCACGGUCGACCGCAAGAUCCCGCGCCACUGCGGCGUCAAGCGUCCGCAGCUCAUCGAGUCGGACGGGGACUUCUUCCGCGUCACCUUCAAGUCCAACGACAAGUUCGACGGCACCGGGUUCCACGCCCACUACCACUUCAGGCCCCACAUAGAUCCUGCGACGGUGAAGCGUGUCUCAAGCACCAAUUCGAAAAAUAUCGCUGGCAGAAUCUCCUCUUCCAUCGAGCAGCUCAUAUCCACCAUCCUCUUCCACCUCGGCUUCUUCUCCUUCCUGUGACGCUCUCUUCCCGCCAAUCGGAAAGAACUUCGACCGAUAUUCGAAUCAUCACUCCUCUGUGGCACCCCGGGGACACUCCAAAAUAUUCGAUUGGACUGGCUCAUCCGAACUGUGUUCCAGAGACUCGAAAACCACCUGUAAAUAAACAUUCCACUCCGUUCCCGGCUUGGACAUUUCGCCUGG